AUUAUGGAACAAAAUAUCGAUUGUUUGUGCCGGUUUGUUUAUAUUCGUAUGUAGCAGAAGAGCAGUAGCAUAUGUUGAUGUUUACGUUAAAUCUAGGGUUCGUCUUCUGAGGAAAAAAAUCACAGUUUUCUUCACACUGUGGUUGAAUUUACGCUGAAACUAGAACAACAUGAUACCUCAAGAAUUUCAAGUAGUCUUGCUUGCUGGGGGCAAAGGUUCUCGGAUGACUGAGCUCACAGCCAGCAAACCUAAAUGCCUUUUACCAAUUGGCAAUCGACCUAUGAUAUAUUACCCACUGCGCAUGCUAGAGAAAGCUGGUUUCAAAGAGGUUAUUAUUGUGGUACUAGAAACUGUGCGCCAGGAAGUUCAGACAGCAGUAGAUCAGUGCGGUUUGAAGAUCCACCUUGAUUGGGUGGGAAUACCAGCUAAUGAAGACUGGGGCACUGCUGAAUCUUUGCGACAUGUUAGUGAGAAGGUGAAGUCAGACAUCAUUGUCAUGAGCUCUGAUCUGGUCACAGACUUCAACAUUGAGAAUGUGCUGGACGUUUUUAGAAAACAUCAGGCUUCUAUUGCCAGUGUGUUUUUCCAGUCACCUCCCGAUGUUGGAGCACUACAGACUGGCCCGAAACAGAAAUACAGGCCAGAGCGUGAUUUAGUUGGAAUUGAAACAAAGACAUCACGAUUGCUUUUCUUAGCUUCUGCUUCAGAUUUUGAGGACAGCGUAACUCUUCCUCGUGCACUGCUGAGAAAACAUCCCCGGUUUUCAGUGUAUAGUCAUUUAAUUGAUUCCCAUAUUUAUGUGCUGAAGAAGUGGAUUUGCGAUUUUCUCAAGGCAGAAAAGUCAUUCAGCACACUGAAGGGUGAAGUUAUACCUUAUAUUGUGAAAAAGCAACUAGUAAAGCCGUUAUCGCAGACUGCUCCCGAUCCAAAUGUUUCACUAAUUGGAAUGGAUGUUAAAAAAGAUAUCCACCAGUUCUCAGCAGAGGAUCAGUUAGUGAAUGAAAUUCGCAGCAUGUCAACUUUCACAGAUCAUUGCGGAGACAUGCAGCCACCAUAUCACGCAGACACCAUUAGGUGUUAUGGUGUUGUAAUGUCCAAAGAAACCUUUGGCAUGCGAGCCAAUACGUUAGCAGGAUAUAGCUUCCUGAAUCAUAAGCUAAAUACUGUUUGGAAUUCAUUGAAUGGAAACUUAAAGAUGUUAAGUCCUACCAGCACCAUCAAAUCAAAUCAUAUUGGGUCAGAGUGUAUAGUUGGAGAUGCGACGGAGAUAGCGGAGAAAACAACACUAACAAAUUGCAUUAUUGGUUCAAAUUGUAUUGUUCAAACAAAAACAAAGCUGUUAAACUGUAUUAUAAUGAACAAUGUCACAAUUGAAGAAGGGUCCAGCCUAUCAAACUGUAUAUUGUGUGAUGGAGUAAAGAUUGGUAAGCAGUCUGAGCUUAAAGACUGUUUACUGGGAAGUAGUCAAGUCAUUCAAGCAGAAGCAAAACACUCAAAUGAAGUACUGACAGAUACAAAGAGGCUGAUGGAAAUAUGAAGAUCGUAUACUUGUAACAUGAGAUAAAGUUGAGACAGUUUCUUUGCGACUUGGAGAUUUUAUGAAUGCCAAUGUUUUGGGGCCAUGAAAUCGACUUGAAUAAUUACAUAUGUGACUUGUGAAAGGUUGGGAUCAGUAUGUAAACAGCAAUGAACAUUUCAUGUUUUCAAAUUAAUGUCAUAUGAAAUUAUAUACGUAUUUAUGGAAGUAAGCAGAUUUUUAUCAGAACAGGAUUGAGAACGGGAUGAUCAUAACUACCCCGCAGACAGCAACAAUGUUCUGUGUCCGACUAUCAGGAUUGUCGCUUUUCAAAUGCAUGUGUGUUGCAUGAGAAACAGUGAAUAGAGAAGUCAACACCAUAUUAUUUUUUAAAAUAAUAUAAAACUGAUGUUUGGUAUGUUCAUUUCUCUUAUUCAGUCCAGUAAUGUGGCUACAUUAUAUUAUGGCACUUCGCCAAGAUAUUAAUUUUUGUAUUAUUUUAUUGUUUCUUGUAAUUAAAAUAAAUCAUUGUUGAUCCUUUUUAAA